AUGAGUGGAUGGCAUCCAAGUGAUAGAUCAACAUUAUCACAGAGGAAAAUUACUGCUGUUAGAGCUGGAAAUAAUAUUACCCAACCAGGAACUCUUGGAAAUUAUUUUAAUUCAACUGGAACUAGUUCAAGGACAAUAGCACAAGCUCACUUCAGAGCUCUCAGGUGCUAUAGACAUUAUUGUAGAAUGGUUCCAUGGAUUAUUAAAAUCUAUUCGAUGAACGAAAGCUUCACUGAGGCUGAGGCCAAAAAGAACUUAGCAAGGCAUUGGAGACAUGCUAAUAAGGUUAGAAAUCCAGCAGUAGUUGAUGCAAUGGUAUCAAGUUGGUACGAGAGAAUGCAAAAUAUCAAGCAACUUGAUAUAUGGGGAGGCCAAGUAUAUGAUCUAUUAGGCCCUCAGAGCAAAGAGCAAUACAUCAAAACUGAAGGAUACUCUUUCUAUGAUGAUGCCAAGUAUAAAGGAAAAUCUGAGUUCGUCAAAGACUUCUAUAAGGGAGGAAGGAAGGCUAUGUAUUAA